AUGGGAGAUAAUGCGCCCGGGGAAGUCCAGCCGGCAGUGGGAGCAGAAAAUCACGAAGGAAAUGUAAGUUACUACUAUUUUCUCCUUAUUUGUGGUUUAGAAUGUUGGAUUUGGCUCCAUGAUAAAACAAACCAUUCAACGAAUUAUAUUUUUCUACUUCAUUACAACCGCCAUAAAAAGCUUUAUGGGUGGUAAUAAGGGUCCAACAGAUACGUCCCCUUCUUCUCCAACAAGCGGGUCAACGCAAGUAUUUCCGCCAGCUGGAAAUCUUUACACUCCAGGACAACCAUUUGAUCUUUUUGUCUAUUUGUCACCUCAUGAAGAACGAUUCCGAAAUUUUGACAAUGCCGACUCUCUAGUUUGGUUUCAGCGAGACAUUAUUUUUGGGGAUUGGACAUCAGGAGAGAAUAGUGAUGGUUCAAGGAUAAAGAGUCUCAGUUUUCCCACUCCUGAGUACUUGCUAAGAAAUCAAUCGAUUUACAUGCAUGCGUUUAUAGUCAAAGCAGGGAAGUCGAUAAAUCCGAAGGAUAGUAACUAUGGAGGAAAAGAAGUUGUCCAUUCUGUUUUCCGCCUCAACAGAUACAAAAAGAAGCACUACAAGCAGACGACCAAUUUGAUUACCGGGAGGACCGAACAAAGCGAGGAAGAUCAAAAGAAGGCAGCCCAACUUAAAUACGAGGUACUCAAUUUCUGGCAUCCUAAUAUCACGAUUGCUGUGGUUUAUGAUUAUACGAAAUGGAAUAAGGGACAGGUCCCUCCACCGUUGGACCAAUAUAUAAAAUUUACGCCUGAAGGCUUGAACUACUACCCCAGUUUGUAUUUUAAUGAUUAUUGGAAUCUGGGAAGCGAAUACCAACCCAUCAACGACACUGUAAAGACGCUCAACCUAACUAUUACUUAUGCUCCGCUGUCGUUGUUUAAACUUCAAUUGUAUGCUUCCCAGAAGGUUUGUUUUAAAUGCUUUUUAUGUCUUAUCUUCUUUUAGCAACAAAGUAAAUGGACCCAUCUUCUCGGGGAACAACAUGAAGAGAAUGAUGACGAUCAGGACACCAUAAAACAAGCGUUACUAGAGACGUCUCCAUGGCUUCUAGGAAUAACAGUAGUUGUUUCCGUACUUCAUACAGUCCUCGAAUUUCUGGCCUUCAAAAACGAUAUUCAAUUCUGGAGGACCCGUAAAUCGCUUGAAGGUUUAUCCGUUAGAUCCGUUUUAUUCAACGUGUUCCAAUCGGUUAUUGUUUUUCUCUACAUCUGCGACAAUGACUCCAGUUUUGUCAUUAAGAUGUCAAUUGGGUUUGGAUUACUGAUUGAACUUUGGAAGAUCCCAAAAUGCCUUAACGUCGAGAUUAAGCAUGACGAGAAGAUCCUUGGAUUGUUCCCCAAAAUCAAGUUUUCAGACAAGGGAUCAUAUGUUGAAUCAGACACAAAAGAAUAUGAUCAAUUGGCUUUCAAGUAUCUUUCCUGGGCCUUGUUUCCUCUUCUCGGAUGUUAUGCUAUAUAUUCCUUGGUAUACGAAGAACAACGAGGUUGGUACAGUUGGGUGUUGAACAUGCUGUACGGAUUUUUGUUAACGUUUGGUUUUAUUAUGAUGACACCUCAGCUAUUUAUCAACUACAAACUCAAGUCCGUCGCGCAUCUUCCAUGGCGGAUGCUGACUUACAAGUUUAUAAACACAUUCAUCGACGAUCUCUUCGCAUUCGUUAUAAGAAUGCCGACUCUUUAUCGUUUGGGAUGUUUCAGGGAUGACAUUAUCUUCCUGGUAGGUAUUUUCUUUGUUUGUAUUCCAAACCUGGGUAUGAGAGAUUAUAAGUUUCUAUUCAGAUAUACAUAUACCAGCGAUGGAUAUACCGGGUAGACCCAACCAGGGUUAAUGAAUUUGGAACCUCAGCCGAUCACCCAGAAGGAGUUACAGAAGACCAAGAGAAAGCGGCCGAUGACAAAGAAAAGAAAGCUUUAGAAGGUGCCAAAGAAACCAAAAAGGAAAAGUGA